CAGUGGGCGGGGGUUAGGCUGGUGGGAACCGAGCGGGGAGGGAGGUUAGGCGACUCGCCCAGGGUCACACAGCCAUCUGCCUGACUUAAGAUACCCCGGGUCAUGAGCUUUGUCCCCGGAAGGAUGCAGAAUUGAACGUGACAUGCCUGAUCAUAAGGGGAAGGUGCGUCCGGUUGGGAAUUAGGAGGAAAUACAAGUUUCAAGGAGGUGGUGGGUGGGAAAGCCCUCAAUGGAUGGAGCUGCGUGAUAUCUCAUCGUCCAUUCCAGGUUGACAAGAAAAUCGGGACCCCAGGAUUGUAAGCCCGUGGCAUGGAGUCUGAUCCUAGUUCAACAGUGAACUUGACCAAGGCAUUUCACCUCCCUGCAGCCUCCUAAGUCCAUACCUAUGGAAAGGGAUUGUGUUGGUUCCUUUCAGCUUUACUAUCUCCGGGAGGGGGAGGGAGGGGCGUUCUGGUGUGCACUGUGUUUGGGCAACAGUACAGAUUCUCAUUCAUCUGCCCUCCUCAGUGCUUUGCACAUUAAAGUGCUCAAGAAGCGCGUGCAUUGUCGUGAGAGCUGUUGGAGCUUGCGUGUGGAUGGCGUGGAGAACCGAAAGUGUAGCGUGCUGGAAUGGGGAAGAGAGAGGCAAGGACCCAGGGCGCUGUGGAAGGCUGGGGCCAGUCCUAGCCGUAAUCCUCUAGGGCAGUACGUAAUCCUCUAGGGCAGUACGUGGCCAGGUGUCCAGUCAGGGAGUGGUUACCCUGAGGAUUAGUAGGGUAGUGACUGCUGGGAGUGGCGGGGGUUGGAGGAAACUAAGAAUGGAGACAGGGAGGUUUCCUGGCUCGUGGCUUAGAGCAGUCCUCUACCGUUGUCUCUUCAGUCAUCUUCCAGGUUUUAGUUUCUCUGAGACUUUAAGAUGACCUGGCCAGGUGGCUCAUUUGGUAAGAGUGUCGUCUUGGUAUGCCAAGGUGGGGGGUUGGAUUCCGCAUCAGGGGACAUUCAAGAACCAACCAAUGAAUGCAUGAAUGGGUGGAACAACAUCCAUGUUUCUCUCUCUCUUUCAAAUCAAUAAAAAAUAGUACCUUAUACUAAUAAAUUACAGCUGACGUUUAGUGUUUGCCAUUAAAUGUAUGGGAAUAUAAGGCUGGAAUAAACAGAGGAGGUGUUCUCUGUCUUCUAGGAGCCAUAGAGAUCCAUAAGUUAAAAAUGAAAAAAAAAUUUAAAUCUGGGAAACAUCCUUUGUCCAGACCCCUUAUUUCAUGGACCAGGUGACUAGCCCAGAUAGAGGAAGGGAACUGAUGUCCUAGACCAGUGGUCGGCAAACUCAUUAGUCAACAGAGCCAAAUAUCAACAGUACAACGAUUGAAAUUUCUUUUGAGAGCCAGAAAUUUUAAACUUAAACUAUAUAGGUAGGUACAUUGUUAUUAACUUAAUUAGGGUACUCCUAAGGCUUAGGAAGAGCCACACUCAAGGGGCCAAAGAGCCGCAUGUGGCUCGUGAGCCGCAGUUUGCCGACCACAGUCUAGACUCCAAAUCUCACAACUCCAAGGUCUGCUUACCUUGGACAGAGGGAUUGGUCCUCUGCCUGUUUUUGUAAGUACCAUGAGAUGAGAAUGAUUUUUACAUUUUAAAAGGGUUAUUGCCCUCCCAGCCUGAAAUACUAUCUGGCCCUUUAAAUCUUGGAGCUCCCCACACCAGCCAGUGGUUAAAUUAUCUCGUUUUUUCCGCCAUGAAAGCAAAUGAAAUGUUGAAUGGUUUGGUGGUUAUUUCAACACUUGUCUUUUCUCCCCUGCUCUUUUGGACUUUUGUCACCUCUAUAAAUGAGAGGCAAUUCAUGUGGGCCUGUUAAAACAAAUAGCUUGCUUUUCUGUCAUCUGUUAUUUCUAGUAGAGAUUUCUUUCUUCUUUAAAGCAAAGGUUAAGAAAAGCUAAUAAUGACUUCUCCUAAUGUCUUCAAAGCUGGCGUGAUGCACCAAGCGGGAGGGAGUGCUGUCCAGUAGGGAGUGGACGCUGGGCGCGGCGGUGAGAGGAGGCCUGGGCCCCGGGGGUCAUGGUGAUUUGGGGGGGAGGCCACAAAGUCUUCUUUGAAGAACUUUGUACAGCUACUGCAGGAUGUCAGAAGCAGUGUUGAUUGAUCUAUUUGGCUUGACAUUGAACUCUCAGGAAAACUAUCAGAUGUUACUGAAGACAUUGGAUGCUGUUAGAUCCCACCAUGCUGCCAAGGCCAAAUUCCUCUGCAUAAUGUGUUGCAGUAACAUCAGCUGUGAAAGGAACGGUGACCUUGAUACUUAUGAAUUAGAAACAACCAAUGGAGUAUGAGCUCUCUUGAGAGAAUUUGAGAUUGUUAGCAACCCCAGUAUGGCUGCCUCUUUGUAUACCGUUAAACAAAAAAUUGAUGAAAAAAACCUGAGCCGCAUUAAGGUAAUGGUACCCAUCAACCGGAAGACAUUAAUGAAGGUUUUUAUUGAUCAACUCUUCACUGAUGUUUACAAUUUUGAGUUUGAAGGUUUACAGGUAACGUGGAAGGGAGGUCUUUUGAAACAGUCCACUGAGAUAAGCAUGAUCACAACUCAAGAACUAGAAGUUGUACAUAAUGAAAUAGAAACAUAUUUGAGAAGUCUGCCGGCACCGAAAGGAGAAUUAACUAUUCUCACAUCUCCUUUGAUCUCAGAUAUUUUCAUACAUGGAUUUACUACAAGAAAAGGUGGGGUAUCUUACAUACCAACUCUCAGCUCAUUCAAUCCCUUCAGUAGCUCCAAACGAAGAGAUCCCCAGGUAGUUGUUCAAGAAAAUCUUCGUACGUUGGGGAGUGCUGCAGGAUUGAAUGUGAAGAAAUUUUACAGAAUAAAGACAGAUCAUGCCAAUGACGUCUGGGUUAUGAGAAGGAAGGAGCCAGAAUCUUAUGAUGGAAUCACCACAAAUCAGAGAGGAGUCACCAUAGCAGCUCUUGGUGUUGACUGUAUACCAAUAAUUUUUGCAGAUCCUGUCAAAAAAGCAUGUGGGGUUGCUCACGCUGGUUGGAAAGGUACUUUGCUAGGUGUUGCUAUGGCUACCGUGAAUGCUAUGAUAGCAGAAUACAGUUGCAGUUUGGAAGAUAUUAUAGUCAUACUGGGACCUUCAGUAGGACCUUGCUGUUAUCUUCCAAGGGAAUCUGCAAAUGCAUUUCAUAAUAUUGAUCCUGAAUGUGUGCGGCUAUUUGACUCACCAAAUCCCUAUGUUGACAUUCGUAAAGCCACCAGGAUUCAAGGAGGAAUUCUACCACAGAAUAUCCAGGACCAGAUGCAAGAUCUCAACCUCUGUACAUCCUGCCAUCCUGAGAAGUUCUUCUCCCAUAUCCGUGAUGGCCAUUUUGGUACACAGAUUGGCUUCAUAUCAAUUAGAGAAUGAGAUACUUGACUGGAUUUUUAGAUAACUAUUUCCUGCCUCCUUCCAAACCUACGACUGCAAGAGAGAAAUUUAGUUGUUUGAUUUACUUAACACCAAAAGGAUUACAAUGGAAAAUUCAUGUUUAGGGUAAAUGUUCACUAUUAUCCAAAGUCCAAUGAUUUUCAUUUGAUUCUAACAAUAACUGACAAAAUAAUCAGUGGGAUGUGCUUUAUACAUUUUAGAUAGGUAAGGAUUAUUCUUAAAGUUUGUUUCUCUGUUUGUUACAUAAAUCAAGACUAGGUCUGUUCAGUUCAGUAUUUAUUGGGUACCCUCUAUCAGUCAUUGUGUGAAGCUUGGGUGAAAUCAAAAUAAGUAAGACUUUUUCCUUUUGAGUGUAAUGCUGUGGAGGAGAUAAAAAAACUUCUAACACUUAAAUUUAAUUUUAAUAGUAGUAAGAAAAGUACAGAAGAAGGAAGGAUUAAUACUACCUUGAAGUCAGGAUAGAGAAGAUAUUACAGAAAAAAUGGAUCACAUGGGCCUGAAAAAUGUACAGGCUUUUGACAAAUGAAAACAACCAUAACAGCGAAACCGGUUUGGCUCAGUGGACAGAGCAUCAGCCUGCGGACUGAAAGGUCCCAGGUUCGAUUCCGGUCAAGAGCAUGUACGUUGGUUGCGGGCACAUCCCCAGUAGGAGAUGUGCAGGAGGCAGCUGAUCGAUGUUUCUCUCUCAUCGAUGUUUUUAACUCUUUAUCCCUCUCCCUUCCUCUCUGUAAAAAACCAAUAAAAUAUAUUUAAAAGAAAACAACCAUAACAGAUUAAGGGAACACCAUGAACUAGGACAUGAAACUGAAAGUUUAUAACAUGUUCUAGAAAGUGAAGGGUGUCGACAGAAAUUACUGGCAAAACAGGAUAGAAAGAUUAUUUAGGAUCUCAAAUGACAUGUCAAAGAGUUUAGAGUUUAUUUCCAGGCAAGGAAUAGGCAUAAAAUGUAAGGGAGUGUUUAAAUGUCCUUAGCAUUACAUUGAGAAAGGUUGAUAACUUUCUAAUUUUUCACUGGGCAUUAUUUUGUUUAAAGUUUACAAAUUUACAGAAUAUUUUACUUUAUGUAUGAAAAUAUUCAAAAUCCAAAUAAAAAUUGUUUUGAUUAAAAAAAAAAGAAAGA